AGAAUGACUUCCGGGUUAUGCGCCACAUGUGUUUCCUGUGAAUUUCAAACUUGUUGUGAGACAUGAGAUACUUACAGAUUUACUGCAAGGACAACUACAUUUGAUCUUUUAUACUAACCUACACGCGCUAAUACUUCCGGUGUUCCACAUGAAUCAUCACUUGACCAGACCAAUGCCUUUGUGAAACUUUAACUCUUCUUCGUUUACUGUUUGUGACAGUGUGUGACCCGUAGUGAGGUGUUGCACCCUGUAUGAGUGUUCCUCGCUGCAAUAGACGAUCUUUGCAGGCUCUUCACCAUGCUGACUCUCUGCGUCAGAAACGUCCUGUUCAGAAGUUUCCCGUCCCAGAGCAGCAGCGACGCUGUGCAGCUCACUGUGAGACCCUGCAGCUCAUCCAGGGCUCAGGAGGAGGACCUGCACCAGACCAGGACUCUGCUGCGGCUCUGCGUGGACAGGUACUUCCUCUCACCUGGUGAAGCCAACAUGGAGCUGUUCCGGCGCGGGAUGAGCUGCAGGUACGGACCUCUGGGCACCGAGCUGAGGAGAAACCUGCUGGAGCAGUGGUGGCACUCUGUGAGCCGGACCACAGCUCAGGUGUUUGGGAUAAACACCCUGAGUAGCAGCAGCGGGGACACAGCCACAGGUGCUCCAAGAAAACUGAACAUUGUUGAGAAUGAACAUAUCAAACAAAUAUUGGAAGAGAAAGAAGUGAGUAAGGAUCUGCUCAUCCAGAAGAUACAGGUGCUCCUUCAGAGAUCCCCGACUGGGAGGACAAGCUGCCUUCAAGGUGCCUUGGAGCAGUUUGUUCCUUCGUUGGAGCUGGUGAACAGGAAGCUGCCGUUUGGCCUGGCAGAGACUGGUCUAUGUUUUCAGCCCUCAGGUGGCUCUGGUUGCCCCGGUGAGGUCACUCGGGCGUCUCUGGUUUGGUUCUGCUCGGCUCGUGCCUCCUCUCAGUGGCUGGAUCACUGGACGAGACAGAGGCUGAAAUGGUGGAGGAAAUUCGCCCUGUCUCCGUCAGACUUCAGCAGUAGCGACGUGCCCGAGGAGGAGCUGGAGAAGGCGGCGUCCCGCGGGGUGAGGAUCAUCUACAGCUUCCCGUGGGAGGAGACGCUGGAGACGCUGUGGAACCGAGGAGACGCUGAGCUGCUGCGGACACACGGAGGAGAUCGCUCCAAGCUGCAGUGUCGAGACGGCCGGAAGUCAGUCCCUCACGUCAUCUCUGUGACCGCCAACGUGGACCGUGGAGCGCUGGCUUUUCUAUCCAACUCACUCCAAACGCUCAAGAAAGAAGACAGCCGACAGAGGCUGCAGCAGAGGAAGGUUCUGAAGCUGCAUCCAGUGCUGGCUCCGGUCAAAGUGGCUUUAGAUAUUGGCAGAGGAGCGUCUGUGGAGCUGAGACAGGUUUGUGAAGGGCUGCUGAAGGAGUUCAUGGAGGCAAAGAUCUCGACGUGGCCCGGGUAUCUGGAAACAUCAGCGGGGCAGCUGAACACAAAGUAUGACGAGAUGGGCGUGCUUUUCACCGUGGUGGUCAACGAGAACACGUUGGAGAGCGGCCUCCUUCAAGUCCGCAGCAGAGACACCACCGUCAGAGAGACGAUGCACAUCUCUGAGAUCAAGAAGUUCCUCUCCAGAUAUAUAACCGCUGCCGACAACGUCUGAGGGGACCCUUUGUUUGAGCAACUCAACGGAGCUUCAGGAUACUGGGCAAGGGGGGUCGGCACUAUACCGGAUUUUAAACAAGGCGAUACUAGAAAACAUCCAACGAUAUCAAAAACUAUUCUGAUUCCACGGCAACAAACAUGGAUGUCCUACUGCUGAAUGUGUGUGCGGUCCUUUUUUACUGAAGUCAGUGUGUGUCCUUCCUCUGGCUCCGCUCUGCUCCGUCUGUGCAGAUUCCUCUGCAGCAGACACACAAGGCUUCUGUUUCUGCAGGAUGCCGGAGCACGGAGCAUCAAUUUACCAUAGAGCAGAUCAAGCGGGACAGGAAGUCAGACACAGAAACAACAUUAAAACAUCUGGUUUACUUUGAGAGUUAAACACUGAGGUUGGGUUAGGCACUCAAUGUUGGAGAAUUUCCGGUUAUUAAUUACCAAAAAACUGAAAGCAAACUCCUGCACAUUGUCUUUAUUCAGUAAAAAUAUGUUAGACAUUGUCGCCUUCAGAAGAGCUGAGCAGACAUUUGACAUGACAUCAUGACAUUUAACUCAGUUUUUUCAGUGGUAAGUAAAAUCAAGUUCUUUUUCUGGAGAGCUCAACUGACCUCUCAUCAUCUCAGGAUUACAACGCUGAUUCUCCAGUGAUAACGAGGUCAUUGCAGCUUUGUUAUCACAGGAAAAGAAGCAUUGUUACCCUGAGAUAAUGAGAUAAAUAGGUCAAAAUGUAAAAAUGAACACAGUAGUGUACUUGUUAGCUCGAGAAAACAGAUUCAGAAGAGAGUUCUGCUUAGUGUGUCUGUGUGUCAGCUCUGUGUGUUUGUAAGAGACGUAAAGUUUGAGUCUUUGUGAGACGCCUAAAGGAGAAACAUCCGUACCAGCAGUCUAGGAUUUAAACAGAUCGUUGGCUUCGUCUCAUCUUACAGCCUCCUCUCAAAGCUCAGUUCUCAUAACGAGCGGUCAGGUCCAUGUCGCUGACUGAAUUCUGAUGCUUUUUAUUCAUUUAUAUUAAACGUUCUCUUUGAUAUUA